AUGACCAUCAGCACGCUCCGCUCGGCCGGCAGCCCCCGCCUGCAGCUGCCCUGCCUGGCCAAGCUGGAGCGCGUCGUGGUGGCCAUGCAGGACCCGGACAUGGGGGUCAAGCUGCGGAACCAGCGCCUGCUCAUCACCGCCAUCCCGCACGCCAUGACUGGGAGCGACAUCGUGGAGUGGCUGGUCCAGAAAUUCGGCAUCUCCGAGGAGGAGUCCUUGCACCUUGGGAACCUGAUUGUGAAGCAUGGCUACAUCUACCCGCUGAAGGACCCUCGCAGCCUGGUCUUGCGAGCGGAUGAAACUCCCUAUAGAUUUCAGACUCCAUAUUUCUGGAUGAGCACCAAAUGGCCAGCCACAGAGCUAGACUAUGCGAUCUACUUGGCAAAGAAGAACAUCCGCAAGCAAGGGGACCUCAUUGACCAUGAAAAGGAAGACUACAGCCAGCUGCACAAGAAGAUCAACCAUGCUUGGGACUUUGUGGUGAUGCAGGCACGAGAGCAGCUCCAAGCAGCCAAACAGCGACGGAGAGGGGAUCGCAUCGUCAUUGAGUGCCAGGAGCAGGCCUACUGGCUUGUUAACAGACCUCUGCCUGGAUCCCUGAAUGUGAUGGAACAGGGGCCAGAAGAAAGGACCUGCCAAAGCACCAGGGUGCAGCUGCUGAACAACAUGGACUAUUACAAACAGGAGAUCUGCUUCUGUCGUGCGGCCAUGAGCCGGACCCGGGUCAAGUCUUCCAUCUGCUUGGAAGGGUAUAUCAAGUUUAAUGAGCAAUACAUGCUCCAUGACCCCAUCAUGUCUGGCUGCCUCCCCAGUAAUCCCUGGAUCACAGAUGACACCACAUAUUGGACCAUGAAUGCCCCCACGGUGUCAGUGCCUACCAAGUUGCGUGUGGAACGCUGGAGUUUUAGCUUCAGGGAACUGCUCAGUGACAUCCUUGGCCGGGUGCAGCUUCUGGAAUUUCUCCAGAAAGAGUUCAGUGCUGAAAACCUGAGUUUCUGGGAAGCUUGUGAGGAGCUGCGGCAUGGAGAACAAACUCGCAUUGCAGAGAUGGUGGACUCUAUUUACCAGCAGUUUCUGGCACCGAGUGCCACCCGCUGGGUAAACAUUGACAGCAAGACCAUGGAGCGCACUUUGGAAGGCAUCAAGGCUCCCCACCGCUACGUGAUGGACGAUGCCCAAAUGCACAUCUACAUGCUCAUGAAAAAGGAUUCCUAUCCCCGCUUCCUGAAGUCUGAUGUCUACAAGAACCUGCUUGCUGAGGCCCUCACCCCUCCAGAGACCAAGAAGAGAGUGUUCCCUUUCAUGCGUAAGCCACGCCACUCCAGCCCCAGUCCGGCCUUGCUGCUUCCCGGGGACCAUGAGGCAAAGGCUGAAGAGAAAAGCAAAGCUGGCCCAGCUGCCCUGGCUGACUCUCUUCUCAGAGGGGGCAGCUAAUGCCCCUCCCUCGCCUGCUUUCUCCUUUUGGAAUGGCCAGUGGAGAGAGUAGGGAGCAGCCUCAGUCUCCAUGAACCAGACUUCUCACCCUGAAUCUGGACAAACCUGUUGAUGCUCCGGAGAUAGAAAUCUCAAUCCCCCACCCCGUACCACCACAGGAAAGAAGCCAUAUGUUGGUGAAGAGAUGGGAUGGGCCCAGGAGGCAAAUACCCACCCCCAGCCCCUUCUUCUGCCUUAUCUUCUCCUGGGAGAGCACAAAGCAUUCUUGCCUCAGGACUUGCCCUUCUCAGCCUCAUCCUUGAAUACAUCCAAGCCCCUGCUGCUACCCUGUGGAAGAAGCACUCUCUCCCUUCUUUGCCUCACCUUUUCCCCUUUGAUCUUGCUCUCUCCCCUCUCAUCCUUUACUGUUAAGAUUAAAUACACCCAGCCUGCUUCCCCCCUCACCUGAAGUGUCGAAACAGACAAUAAAGCCCACUUUUGGA